GAGGAGGCGCCUCCAGCGCGGCCCCGGAUCCCGCUGCGGUCGCUGUCCCGCGUGGAAUGGUUUGCUGAGGGAAGGCAGGCUGGCACAGCCUCGCUACAAAGGCAGGAAACUCGGAUUUUUCCUCCCGUGGCUGCUGCUCCGGACCCCGGGCUGUGGUGCCUCAGUGUGCCUGGAAUAGUUAUCUGCUUAGUCUCAUCCUUUAUAUUCAGCAAUCUGAAGAAAAGGUCUGAGCCAGCAUGAAGACAGAAUCCCCUCUUCAUUAGAGAAAAACUUUCUGCUCGCCGCAGUUCAUUUCAAGGAGUGCACGAUGACAGAGCGUGGAAUUAAAUGGGCCUGUGAGUAUUGUACAUAUGAGAAUUGGCCUUCUGCAAUCAAGUGCACCAUGUGUCGUGCCCAGAGACCCAGUGGAACAAUUAUCACAGAAGAUCCUUUCAAAAGUGGUUCCAGUGAUAUCGGGAGGGACUGGGAUCCUACGAGCACUGAAGGAGGGAGCAGUCCUUUGAUCUGCCCGGAUUCCAGUGCAAGACCAAGGGUUAAAUCAUCCUACAGUAUGGAAAGUGCAAAUAAAUGGUCGUGCCACAUGUGCACGUACUUGAACUGGCCAAGAGCUAUAAGGUGUACCCAGUGCUUGUCUCAGCGCAGGACCAGGAGUCCCACGGAGUCCCCUCAGUCUUCAGGCUCCGGCUCCAGACCGGUCCCUUUUUCCGUGGAUCCGUGUGAGGAAUACAAUGACAGAAAUAAACUAAACACAAGGGCUCAGCACUGGACUUGUUCUGUUUGUACAUAUGAAAACUGGGCCAAGGCCAGGAAAUGUGUUGUAUGUGACCACCCCAGACCCAACAACAUUGAAGCAAUAGAACUGGCAGACACAGAAGAGGCUUCUUCCAUCAUAAACGAGCAAGACAGGGCUCGGUGGAGAGGCAGCUGUAGUAGUGGUAAUAGCCAAAGAAGAUCUCCACCAACAACCAAACGUGAAUCUGAUGUGAAAAUGGACUUCCAAAGAAUUGAAUUGGCUGGAGCUGUUGGCAGCAAGGAGGAGCUUGAAGUUGACUUCAAAAAACUAAAGCAAAUAAAAAAUAGAAUGAAAAAGACUGACUGGCUGUUCCUAAAUGCUUGUGUGGGAGUUGUGGAAGGUGAUUUGGCUGCUGUGGAAGCCUACAAGUCGUCUGGAGGGGACAUUGCCCGGCAGCUGACGGCGGACGAGGUGCGGCUGCUGAACCGCCCGUCCGCCUUCGACGUGGGCUACACCCUUGUGCACCUGGCCAUCCGCUUCCAGAGGCAGGACAUGCUGGCCAUCCUCCUCACUGAGGUAUCCCAACAUGCAGCCAAGUGCAUUCCUGCCAUGGUGUGUCCAGAGGUCACGGAGCAAAUCCGCCGUGAAAUUGCUGCAUCUCUCCAUCAGCGCAAGGGAGACUUUGCUUGCUAUUUUCUGACUGACCUUGUGACGUUUACGUUGCCUGCAGAUAUUGAAGAUCUACCGCCCACAGUCCAGGAAAAAUUAUUUGAUGAAGUACUUGACAGAGAUGUUCAGAAAGAGCUGGAAGAGGAGUCUCCCAUCAUUAACUGGUCCCUGGAGCUGGGGACACGCCUGGACAGCAGGCUGUACGCACUUUGGAACCGCACAGCCGGGGACUGCCUGCUCGACUCCGUGCUCCAGGCCACCUGGGGCAUCUACGACAAGGACUCCGUGCUGCGCAAGGCUCUGCACGACAGUUUACACGACUGCUCCCACUGGUUCUACACACGCUGGAAAGAGUGGGAAUCGUGGUAUUCCCAAAGCUUUGGUUUACAUUUCUCCUUGCGAGAGGAGCAGUGGCAGGAAGAUUGGGCAUUCAUUCUCUCUCUUGCAAGCCAGCCUGGAGCGAGUUUGGAGCAGACACACAUUUUUGUACUUGCACAUAUUCUUAGAAGACCAAUUAUAGUUUAUGGAGUAAAAUAUUACAAGAGUUUUCGGGGAGAAACAUUAGGAUAUACCCGCUUCCAAGGUGUGUAUUUGCCUUUGUUAUGGGAACAGAGUUUUUGUUGGAAAAGUCCCAUAGCUCUGGGCUACACGAGGGGCCAUUUCUCCGCCCUGGUUGCCAUGGAGAAUGACGGCUAUGGCAAUCGAGGCGCUGGUGCUAAUUUGAACACUGACGAUGAUGUUACUGUUACUUUUCUACCCUUGGUGGACAGCGAGAGGAAAUUAUUGCACAUUCACUUCCUUUCUGCUCAAGAGAUAGGCAACGAGGAGCAGCAGGAGAAGCUGCUGCGGGAGUGGCUGGACUGCUGCGUGACGGAGGGAGGGGUUCUGGUGGCCAUGCAGAAGAGCUCCCGCCGGCGCAACCACCCGCUGGUCACCCAGAUGGUGGAGAAGUGGCUCGACCGCUACCGCCAGAUCCGGCCCUGCACGUCCCUGUCUGACGGCGAGGAGGACGAGGAUGACGACGAUGAGUGAGGGGGAAUAAAGUGCAAAUGAGCAGCGCAGAGUGCGUGACCCCGAGUGAGCGUUGUGCUGUAGCAGUUGGGUGUGGAACGACCCAGGUCUAGGGGAUACUUGCUGGGAAGGAUUCUCCGACAGCACGGGGAGAGGAUGGACGCUCAUCCUGCUGCCUGGAGAGAGCCAAGUGGGCUGGACUACAGUUUGUAUAAAAACACGAAAAAGAAACAAAAAACAGCUAAUUUUAUUAUCAAGACGGAAAAAAACCAAACCAACCCCAUUUUUCUUUCUGACUGUAAAUCUGUCUAUAAAUGUACCGCAUGUGGUUGUGUAAGAGGUUGUGUAAUAGGAAACGUAUACCAGCAUCUUAAUUAUUGCAGAGAAAUUUUUCAACUAAGGGCACUUCUGAAAGCACAUGUGAGCUGGAUAUCUCCUCCCUUUGAGAUUCUUUUACAGUAGAACCUGGUUUUCUCCAUCACCUUUUAGAUACUCUGACACAUUUCCCUGAAAGGCCUUUUCCUGUGAAAUCUCACUAGUGCCCAGGUCAGAUUGUGAGAGGUUUUUUUUGUUUGCACAGCUAUCCACAGCAAGUCAUAAGCAAAAAUGCGUUCGUUAUUUUACUAAUAUUUUAGUUAUUGCUGUGCCCACGUAAUAAAGCCUAAACUCUACGGAACAAACUGGAAGAGAAGCUAAAUUUACAUUGAGUGAAAUGAUUUGUUUCCUGAAAAAGCUUCUUGGGGUUUUUUUUUUUGCCUUUUUUUUUUUUUUCUUCUAAUAGUUAAUAGAUUCCUUUCAGUAUACAUAAGGAUAUUUAUUCAGAGAAGUGACCUAAAAGAUAUGGAUUUUAUUCCUGUGAGCAUACACUAAACAAAAUUGUGUGAAAUACGAGAACUUGAACACAAUUGAGAAUUUAAUCUUGUCAAAACUCCGUCUUGCUGUGUUAUGAAUUAUAUAAUUUUUAUCAUUUAUUCUUUGAUCACUCAAACUUUAUUGCAAAUGGAAAAACACCUUUUUAAAGGUUACUCCUCAGUCACUAAAUCUAGUGAGAAUCCACUUGGCAGUUCUAAUUAAAAAGAAGAAUCUAUGCUCAAGUUGUUUAAAAGCACUGUUAUAUAUUUCUCAGUAUGUAAACCUGGGAAUUUCUUGCAUGUUGAUUGAUGUGGCCAUACUUAAACUUAUGUAAGUUCCUAAGACUGUAAGUUCAGAGUAUAUUCUCCAGUAGAAAUUUUAUUAUAUUUGAUAACUUUAGCCAUGUAACCUGUAAUGGAUAAAGUUUAUCUAAAAUCACUGAAACACUAAAGGUUAAUGCCAGUUUUUACAUAUACAGUGCAAUUCAGGUUGUCUUGAAAAGCACUUUUGAUGGUGUGGUGGUUGAAUAAGAAAUUUUGCAGUAGAUGAAAUUGUUUUAAUUAGAAUUUGGAAAAAAGCCCCAUAGCACCUAUUUUUAUGUAGUUCAGAGCUAUGGAAAGCCUGAGGAAGUUGCUGCUUUUUCUUCCAAAUGCUGCUUAGAUGGUGUUGAAACGUGCACAACUCCUACAGAAACUUGGUGACGACACCAAAAGUAAAGAAAUAAUGAAGUACUGUAUUAAUUUUGCAGUUCUCCCGUCCUAGAUUCCACUGAGGUUUAUUAUGUCUUCACCUUUUUUGGCCCUUAGAUUUCCUCUGCUUGGUGCAUGCCCAGAUUUCCAGGUGAAGGAUGAAUGCUGCUCUGCCAUGUGUGAGUGACUCAAACUCACCACCCAACCCCAGAUACUACAGGGGUUCUUCAUGAGCACACAGUCCUUGUUCAGGUUCCCUUUCUAAAUUGGGAAUUUUUUUAUCCUUACCUUGCAGUGAAAUCCUUUUAUACCUUGUCUAGCUGAGGAUGUAAAGCUUUUCUGUCCGGGGAGCUGAAUGCAGGGUAAGCUGGGAUGAGGAUUUCCGUGCCCUGAGCUGGUGUGAACUGUGCCUGGAGUGGUUUAUGUGCCGUGCUGUGACCACGGGGAUCCUAACUCAGCCAGCUUGAGGAGCUCUCAGUGGCCAGACCUGUAACUUCAGAUCCCAGCCUGCCCCCGACCAGCUGCCCUGUGGACAGAAGGAAAAGCCCUUGAUUCCAUGGGCUGCUCCGAGGAUGCUGUGGAGUUCUCACCUCCCACCCGUGUUCUUUUGGCCGUUUGUUCACGGAAGCAAAGCUUCCUUGUCCCGAGGGGAGAAUUACCAAUGUGAAAGUCUACCUUGAGCCAAACUGGCCCAGCUCUCCUGCCCUGCUCUCCUGCUGUCCAUGGGCAGCCUGCAUUGUGCCCCUGUCCCCCAGCCCUCCCCCGAGCAGUGGAGUCCCCGUGGUCAGUUCAGCUGUUCUCAAACGCAUGCACCGAUGAAUUUCUCACUCUGCUCCGACAGGACAGUCCUGGUACUUCGGAUCACUUGGCUUCCUUGAUCAUUAUUGUCUUGUUCUGAUGUGCUGUACAGUGGGCUGUUCAGGUUCACAUGCUUCACAGGCCCUCUGGGAACUGGUGAAGUGUCUUUUCCAGAAUCAGAGUAAUCCAAACCUCCUGUACUUGUAGAUUAAAGAGCUGCAACCCCCGGCUUCGUGCUCGCACCGCAGUCAGUGUAUGUCAGUGGCUCCUCAGUCACACACCUCAAAGUUUACAGACACUGAGAUUAAUCUGCACACACUGCCCUGCAACUUGUCAGCAAGUUCUGCACUUUCAGCCAUGAAUAUAUAUAAAAAAAAUUUGGUUUCUCAAUGUUAUUUUCCUCAUACAUCGUUCACAGCAGCACUUGCUUUCCUAGCAUAGAAUUUAGCUUUUCAUUGCUACCUCCUUUACAGCUGGUCAGGAUUUUUUUCUGGUUUUAUUUAUGACUUCCUCAGUGAAAAUCCCUGUAUUUCUUUUGUUUUGUAAUAUAUUAAAAUUUAGUAAUUCUGGAUUCUUCCAAAGUUCUGCUGCAUGGCUUAUGGCAAAUACUCCUGAGUUGCAUUUCCUCCAUUACCCAGGUUGGUUUGUGUGUGUGAAGACUUUAAUUUCUGCUUUUCCUUUUCCCCCCUUUUAUUCAGUAACUUCCCUAAUACCUUUUUAAAAGGUUUUAUAUAGUGUUUGUCACCUUGAAGCUGGUUGUUUUGACAGCUCCUUUGACAUCUUGGGAGUUCUCCCUGGAGAUGGAGCCUUCCCAGGAGAGCCUUCCUGUCUGCAUUCCCUGAGUGGGACAACAGCAGCAUGGCUCUGUCAGCCACAAACCUUCAGCAACAACUGUUCAUUUCCCAUUUCUUUGCCCAAUAAUUUCCCAUUUGAGAGCUGCAGCUCCUGGUGCUCCGGCAUCUCCCAGCUGUGAUGACAUUCUUCCCCUUCCGCUUCCACGGCUCCAAUCUUUGCAUGUUUUGCUGGUGUUCUCCCUGCAGGCACUUGUAACCUUUGGGAUGGCUUAACCUCUGCUCCUGUUGAGCUUGUGGCACUUCUGACCUUGGUUUUGGCUGAAAGGGAAGUUGGGUGUUGGAUGAAAGCUCCAGCAUUUUCUGAGCUCGGAGUCACUGCUGGCACACGGAUCCUGCGGCGCAGGGAGGGACCGGAUUAUUGAGAAACAAAGUACCAGGGCUCGUUUAUUUUUAAAACAACUCUAAACCUUAACAUCAAUUAAAUGUUUUCCUCCUGGUUUUGAUGGUCAUUUUGGUGUCUCCAAAUACUACCCCUGUAUCUGACCUGUUUUAUCCCAGUUUCUCACAGAGGUCACAGAUAAUUCACUGCUGGGCUGUGCUGAGCACUGACAAGGAGCAAUCACUCUGUAACAGGUGACCUCUUGUUUGGAUGUUUGAAGCUGGUAACCAAGUUUUCAGUUUAAUUUUAAGCAAACAAAAUACAGAGUUUUGUAACUUGGA